AUUAUUGUGUUUACAAUUGUUGGGAAGAGGUGGCUAGCAUCAGAAAAGCUCUAUUUUCGAAUUAAAGUCGUGGCAAAUCCGCUUCUUUUAUAACACGGUCGAUUGAAGAGGGCCAAAAAGUCAUGGCUGUGCCAGGAGCUGGAGGAUCACGAAGUUAUAACUUUAAAAUCGUCCUGCUCGGAGAAGGCUGUGUAGGGAAAACGAGUCUCGUUUUGAGAUAUGUCGAGGACAAAUUCAAUGACAGACACAUCACUACGUUGCAGGCUUCAUUUCUCACAAAGCGAGUAAACAUUAGCGGCAAAAGAGUGAAUCUGGCUAUAUGGGACACUGCGGGUCAAGAGAGGUUCCAUGCUCUAGGGCCAAUAUACUACCGAGAAUCCCACGGUGCUAUUUUAGUUUACGAUAUAACUGAUGAAGACUCUUUUCAGAAAGUCAAGAAUUGGGUACGGGAGUUACGAAGAAUGUUGGGCAACGAUAUUUGCCUAGUUAUCGCAGGAAAUAAACUCGACCUUCAGAAAGACCGGCAUGUACUCUUAGAAGAAGCAGAGGGAUAUGCGCAGGAGGUAGGGGCCUUUCAUGUCCAAACAUCUGCAAAAGAAAACAACAUACCACCGAGGAACACGCCGAAUCGGGAGGAAUCCAUCUCCAUAAAUGUUCAUAUCUCGAAAUCGGUCCCCCAAAAACAAAUCCCUUCAAUAACCUUCGUUGGGAGAGGCAUUCAAAUGGCUCCAUAA